CCCCCCUUUCUUCCACCUCCCAUCUCCUCCUCAAAUGUGCGCAAACCAAUCAGCAGACGGCUCGAGCUCUCGUGCUCUUUCUGCCAGCAGCAGCAGAAAGCCUUCUUAUCAAAGAAACGCACAACUGGAGAAGUCCAUUCACUCACAGCCUCUAACCAUGGGUCCUGCCUGCUUCUCCUGGGACGUCUGUUUGUUUUUCCUCCUCAUAAAUACUUUGGAUGUCAUGGGAAAUGUUGGAGUCGCAGAUGCCGACGAGUGCUCCGAAUCCACAGACAACUGUCACGUCGACGCUAUCUGCCAGAACACUCCAAAGUCCUUCAAGUGCAUCUGCAAGACUGGUUACAAGGGAGAUGGCAAGCACUGCGAAGAUAUGGACGAGUGUGAAAACGACUACAAUGGCGGAUGUGUUCACGAAUGCAUCAAUAUCCCCGGGAACUACAGGUGCACAUGCUACGAUGGAUUCAUGCUGGCAGACGACGGGCACAACUGUCUCGAUGUGGACGAAUGUCUGGACAACAAUGGCGGCUGUCAGCAAAUCUGCGUCAACACUAUGGGCAGUUAUGAAUGCCAGUGCAAAGACGGGUUCUUCCUGAGUGACAACCAGCACACCUGCAUCCACCGCUCGGAUGAUGGGAUGAACUGUAUGAAUAAAGAACAUGGCUGUGCCCAUAUCUGCAGAGAGACUCCCAAAGGCGGUGUGGCGUGCGAGUGCCGUCCAGGAUUUGAGCUGGAGGAAAAUCAACGUGACUGCAAAUUGACAUGUAACUAUGGAAAUGGUGGUUGCCAGCACACGUGUGAUGACACCGACGUGGGGCCCGUGUGUGGAUGUCAUCAGAAAUAUGCCCUGCAUUCGGACAGCAAGACCUGCAUUGAGAAAGAUGAGGCUGCAAUUGAGAGCUCUGAAUUCAAUACCACGUCAGUAGCUGAUGUGGACAAGCGGGUGAAACGUCGUCUACUUAUGGAGACCUGUGCGGUGAACAAUGGAGGUUGCGAUCGCACCUGCAAGGACACGGCCACCGGGGUGCGCUGCAGUUGUCCGGCUGGCUUCACCCUUCAACCCGACGGCAAGACCUGCAAAGACAUUGAUGAAUGUUUGGAGAAUAAUGGAGGUUGUGAUCAUUUCUGCCGGAACACGGUGGGCAGUUUUGAGUGCAGCUGUCAGAAAGGACACAAACUCCUGACUAAUGAGCGCACCUGUCAGGAUAUUGACGAGUGUUCCUUUGAGAGAACAUGUGACCACAUCUGCAUUAACUACUCGGGAAGCUUUGAGUGUGUGUGUCACAAAGGUUACAGUCUCUAUGGCCUCACACACUGUGGCGAUAUUGACGAGUGCAGCAUCAAUAAUGGGAGCUGUGAAUAUGGCUGUGUGAACACACCGGGCAGUUACGAGUGCGUGUGUCCUCCUGGACAAAAGCUCCACUGGAACAAGAAAGACUGUGUCGAGGCGGUAAAAUGCCCUCCGAAUGGGAAGCCGGCACCUCGCGCUCAGCUCAGCUGCACCAAGACAGGCGGAGGGGAGGUGUGUUCGCUGUCCUGUCCAUCAAACGCCCUUUUCCUGGCAGACUCUGAGAACAGUUACACUCUGAGCUGUGGGGUGCCUGUCCAGCCAGGUAAAGUUCCACUGAAGAGGAACGGCACUACAUCCAGCAGUAGCUCCCUGCAAACCUGCACAGAGAUGCUGGCCCAGCCUGUGAAGCAGAAAGCACGGUUUAAGAUCAAAGAUGCCAAGUGCCACCUGAGACCCCGCAACAAGGAGAAACACAGGGACAUGGGAAAGCAGGGCCUGCAGGCAGCUGGUCAGUUCCCUUGCACAGACGACUGUCAGGUGACGUUUGUGAAUCUGAAGUGCGACUCUUCCAAAAAGCGCCGUCGUGGCCGGAAGUCUCCAUCAAAGGAAGUCUCCCACAUCACAGCAGAGUUUGAGAUGGAAAUGAAAGAAGAGGAAGCCUCAGAGUCAUGCAAUGUGGACUGUGUGCGUGAGAAGACCAAACAGAGGCUGCAGAACGCCAUGCGCACACUAAGGAAGUCCAUCAGUAAGCAACAGUUCUACAUUCAGUUCUCCGGCACGGCGUACGAGGUGGCCCAGCGUGCUGUGCGACAGACAGAGGGAGAUGAGACCUGCAGUAUAGGGCAGGUCCUCACUGACGGGAAGUGCGUCAGCUGCGGUGUGGGAACGUUCUACAGCGGAGAACAGGAACAAUGCAUCAUAUGUCCAUCAGGAACCUAUCAGGACAGGGAGGGACAGCUGUCCUGCGAGCCCUGCCCCAGCACCGAGGGACAGGGCAUCGCAGGGGCCAAGAACGUCUCUGAGUGCGGAGGCCAGUGCCCUGCCGGUCAGUUCUCUGCUGAUGGUUUCCGUCCGUGCCAGCCGUGCCCGCUGGGCACCUUCCAGCCUGAGCCGGGUCGUGUGCUGUGCUUCCCCUGCGGAGGAGGACUCAUGACUAAACACACGGGCAGCACGUCCUUCAGAGACUGUGAAGCCAAAGUUCACUGUGCUCUUGGGCAUCAUUAUAAUGCCACCACGCACCGGUGCAUUCGUUGUCCGGCUGGAACUUACCAGUCCGAGUCCGGACAGAACUACUGCAUCACCUGCCCUGGAAACACCACUACAGAUUUUGACGGAGCCAACAAUGUAUCUCACUGCAAAAAUCAACUAUGUGGUGGCGAGCUGGGAGAUUUCAUGGGCUACAUCGAAUCUCCCAACUAUCCCGGUGAUUAUCCAUCUAAUGUGGACUGUGUUUGGACCAUUAACCCUCCGAACAAGAGGCGCAUCCUUAUUGUUGUACCAGAGAUCUUCCUGCCCAUUGAGGAUGAGUGUGGGGAUGUUCUUGUCAUGAGGAAGAGUGCCCUGCCCACUUCCAUUACAACUUAUGAGACAUGCCAAACCUAUGAGCGACCAAUCGCCUUCACUUCCCGUUCACGCAAACUGUGGAUCCAAUUCAAAUCUAAUGAGGGAAACAGUGGAAAGGGAUUUCAGGUUCCUUAUGUCACCUAUGAUGAAGACUACCAGCAACUUAUAGAGGAUAUUGUUCGAGAUGGUCGACUUUACGCCUCAGAAAACCACCAAGAGAUAUUAAAAGAUAAGAAGCUGAUUAAAGCUCUGUUUGAUGUGCUGGCCCACCCUCAUAACUACUUUAAAUACACCGUGCAGGAAUCAAAGGAGAUGUUCCCACGUUCCUUUAUCAAACUACUACGCUCCAAAGUCACCAGGUUUCUACGGCCGUAUAAAUAGAAACCCGAACAUUUGUUCCACGACCCCGGCUCUAUCCCCAUCUCUCUUCCUGUCUUUUCUCCACUAGCUCCCAGAAGGCCUAACUACUGCAAGAAGAUAAAGACGUUUGGCCUUCUUCCUGUCUGAGAUUUGUCCAUUUGUCCCUUUUUUGUCUUUGUUUGUUUUUUGUUUGCUAAUAUUUAUGUGCUUGAUUUUGCAAAAGCCCUCUUUGGAUGUUUGAUAUCUAUAGUAUAUAUUUGUAAAUGUAUGUAUGUAUAUAUAUAUAUGCGUGUGCGUAUGUGUGUGUGUGUGUGCGUGUACAAAAAUUAUGUGCAAGCUUAUGGCGUAUAAGGACACAUACAGACACACACAGAUAUAUAUUCUUAUUUUGAAAAGGUUAUUUUCAUGCCCCUAAAUGUGCACAAGGGGUUUUAAUAUCCUAGUGCACUUAAAGUUUCUUUUCAAACUUAAUGAGAAAGGAAUCUCUUUCUGUUCUGACCACAAAAUAAAAGACAAAGCCAGACAAAUGAAAGAAAGAAAAAAAACAAAAACAAGAUGAAAGACAAAGACUACCUGUCAGUAUGAGAGUUAGAGUUAUGUGUAUGUUGUUUAACUAGUAUUUGGAGCUUCAAUUGCACUUGAAUUUUAUAUUGUAGAGAAUAAGGAAAUAUAAGUUACUUUUUUCUUAAUGUUUUUGUUGUAUAGAGAUGUUUUACCUUGGUUGUAGGAACAAGAAAUGUCCGUACUGCCCCUCUACAGGGAUACAGAAAGAUAUUCUCACCUCUCCCUCUCCUGAAAACAAAACACAUUUCAUAAUAAUCUCAGUUUAAUAUCAGAAAAGUAUUAAGCUACCUGGUUUUAUUGGGUUUGUACCUGCUUGACAAGUAUAAGAUUCAUUUCUAUAAGAUUACAUGAUGCAAUGAGUUUGUUAUUAACCUGCAGUUUAGUUUUUUAGAACAUUUGGAGAAAUUGUAAAUAUGGUGAUUUCUUUCUUUUUUUUUUUCUUCUUUUUUUUGAGCUGGAUGUCAUAACUCAUGGAAAUGGUGAAGAGUUUAUUCAGAACAACAAAGAACUCCAUUUUGGAUUAUUAUGGUGUAUUACAUAGUUAUAUCGUAUCUAUUACAUAGUAAUUACAUAUAACCUUUGUGCUGUGCACAAAGGCGCAUAUUUUGCUCUUGUUAUUGAACUGUGGAUGAAGAUUAGAGGAUGUUUGUUGAACUGAUGACACCUAAAGUAUGUGAAUGUUGAUUGGCUGAAAAAAAAAAAAAAAUCCAGAAAUCAGAUCAUUUCCCCUCACAAAUCAGCUAAAUGACCUUUUAGUAAGACAAAAAUUAUAUUAGUAGGACUUUGUGAGUGUCUAUAUGUAGUUCUGGUACAGUUUUAUUUAAUAUCCUGUGUCCAUUUUAGUGUUUUUUGCAAGUCUAUGGACUGCAUGUGCAAGAGUGAGAUAAAAGAUGGAAAAAUACCCAUCACAAUUAAAUCAAAUCACAUCUAUAUGAGCCAUAAAGUCACAGAAAUACAGAUAAUAUUAGCUGCCAUUUUACAGUAUUCUGCGUUGUUUUGCAUAUAUUCCAGUUUGGGAGGGAAGGGCGGAGUGAUCAUUCUAAAGCUGCUUUGUUAUAUGAGCACUUAUUAAUGCUUGUAUAUGUAAUAUCCUCAUAUGGACAGGGAAGCACAUUCACUCAUGCAUUGAGCAUAAAUAAUCAUACAUUCAUGCAUGCACACUCAAAUGCAGUACCUAAUACAUAUUGUUAUGCUAGCACAGUAAUUUAUGAUUUGUGAGAUAACCGCAGAUUGUCGUUGAUCUUUUUGUGUGUGUGUGUGAGUGUGUGCGUUAAUCAUUUUUGUUGUCUUAUACUAAAGCAAAGUGACUGAUUGAGGAACUGAUGCCAUUAGCAAAGAAGAGCAAAAGCAACUAAUACACACACACCUUGAUGGCUUCACACACAGAUUUAAGUACUUUGCCCCUCAGAUGGAGAGAGUGACUCAGACUGCUGCUGGUGUGAUUUGUAAGCUUUAUGAAUACAGAUGUGUAAAUGAUGUACAAAUGUUAGUGUUGUUUUGUUUUUUUAAAGUUAAUAUUUACGGUAGAAGGAGCCGUGCUUGGGGAAGGUCACAGUCUAACAUGUAGGCCUACAGGACUGUUUUGGAAGGCUCUGUUGAAUAGUAUGCUUCCCACCAUGGUGAAUGACAACAUUACAGAAGAAUGAACAAUAUAGCAGUGUGAAAUCAACCCCAGAAGGUGUGUAGAAGAGAAUGGGAACUAUUGUUAAGACCUCACUUUAUUAAUAAAUCAUUCAAAUCUCA